CACUGUUCAACUGCUCUAGGUUGCACAUGAGCAAACUUUUCCUUACAGGUGUAAUUCCUAAAAGAUAUAAUCUGCCUAGCAAGCGAGGAAGAGAACCUGCUUGACUCAGAGAACAGAGUGUUCUGGCAGUCCCUGCAUGACAGAAAGGUGCAAGCAGACAGCACGGUGCUGUUUACCUUGAAGAAGCGAGUGUGUGUGCUGGAAAGCACUGACCUCUCUAAUGGAUCGUAUGGAGCUGCAAAAAGUCAAUAUUGAGCUGGAUGACCAGAGCAACAGUGGGGAAAGCCUCGAAGACAACUACACAGAGCUGGUUGAUUCAGAAAAGGCUGCAAUUAGGAGUGAAGAUGCAGAAAGUCAGAAGUUCCUUACAAAUGGAUAUCUGGGUAAAAAGAAACUGGACGACUAUAAUGAAGAAUAUCACGCAGGUAGAAUCUCCUUUGGAAUGUCCUCGUUCAACCUCAGCAAUGCUAUUAUGGGCAGCGGCAUCUUAGGGCUCUCCUAUGCUAUGGCCAACACAGGAAUUAUCUUUUUCAUAGUUUUGCUGCUCAGCGUAGCAAUACUGUCACUCUACUCGGUCCACCUCUUACUGAAGAUAUCAAAAGAAGGAGGAUCAUUAAUAUAUGAAAAACUGGGAGAAAAGGCAUUUGGCUGGCCUGGGAAGUGUGGUGUUUUCAUUUCAGUUACAAUGCAGAACGUUGGAGCAAUGUCAAGCUACCUCUUUAUUAUUAAAUAUGAACUUCCAGAAGUCAUCAGAGCAUUUAUGAAACUUGAGGAGAAUUCUGGAGCAUGGUACCUGAAUGGGAACUACCUCGUCAUACUUGUAACAGUUUUGGUUAUUCUUCCCCUCUCCCUUCUAAAAACCUUAGGUUAUCUCGGUUAUACGAGUGGAUUUUCGCUGACCUGUAUGGUUUUCUUUGUCAGUGUGGUAAUCUUCAAGAAAUCCCAAAUACCCUGUCCUCUCCCCAUCAUGGACCAUGGGGUUGAAAACUGGACCACCACCAAUAACACAGUGCUAAUGCACCUGAUCAUGUUACCAAAUGAGUCACUUGGUUCUGGUGUGAAUUUCAUGAUGGACAACACAGCUGGGCACUUGCCAGGCCUUGAGGAACCAAAAGAUACCUCCCCCAAAAGCAGCGUAGAAUAUGAAGCACACAGCGACAAUAGUGACAAGUGUCAGCCAAAAUACUUUGUGUUCAAUUCACGGACUGCCUAUGCAAUACCCAUCCUGGCAUUUGCAUUCGUAUGCCACCCUGAGGUGCUACCAAUAUACAGUGAACUAAAAGAUCGCUCCCGAAAGCGAAUGCAGAAUAUCUCAAAUAUCUCCAUCACUGGCAUGCUUAUCAUGUAUCUUCUGGCUGCCCUCUUUGGAUACCUUACCUUCUACGGAGAAGUUGAAGAUGAGCUACUUCAUACAUACACUAAAGUGUACACCUUCGACACCCUCUUGCUGUCAGUUCGUCUGGCAGUGCUGGUGGCUGUAACCCUGACUGUGCCCCUUGUCCUUUUCCCUAUCCGUUCAUCUAUCAGUGCGUUGCUGUUUCCCAGAAGGCCAUUCAGCUGGAUAAGACAUUUCCUGGUUGCAGCAGUAAUUCUGGCUUUUAAUAACCUGCUUGUAAUUUUUGUUCCAACUAUUAAAGACAUCUUUGGAUUUAUUGGAGCCUCUUCUGCUACGAUGUUGAUUUUCAUCCUCCCUGGUGCCUUCUACCUGCGUCUUGUUGAGAAGGAACCCUUAAGGUCUCCCCAGAAGAUUGGGGCUCUGAUCUUUCUCAUAGUUGGCAUAAUCUUCAUGGUUGUGAGUAUGACUCUUAUAGUAAUGGACUGGAUUUACAAUCCCCCAAGUUCCAGACAUCACUAACCUGUGGAGACAACCAAGUGCUUUUUAUAACAUAAAUAUUUGUAUUGUGUGCUCUGAAAAACAUCUAAAUGGGAUUGUUAUUCCUAGCUAGUAACUGCAGUACUUUGAAAACAGUUUCUGGUAAGGUCACAAGAACCCAAUGGAGUCUUUGUCAUCCUUUUCAAUAAGGAUCAUUAUUUAUGCAUUAGAAACCUGAGCUUAGCAUUUCUGGCCAGGUGAAAUGAAAUGUGUGGUGUGAAUGCUUCCUAUUUUCAGUACCAAAAUAACUUUGUACAUAGUCUUCAAAAAUAGCUUGGUGUUGCCCCUUUCAAAAUCUCACAUCAUGAUCAUAACCACAGUUCCUAGAGCCUUGGAAAGGUAAUGGCCAGAAAACCAGAUAGUGCCUUGUUCUCGAUCUGAAGCUCAUGGGAGUGGCUGCCCAAGUCCAAGAGAAAGGAUACAGUUUCCGUAGGGGGUCUGAAAAGUGACUCCUCACUGCCUGAUAGACCAAUCUGCCUAUCAGAAACAUGACGGCUUUGACAAGCUAGUGGACAAGGCUGAGCAUUAGAUUUGUUGUCCAAAUGCAUCGCUGUUGACAGGUGAUGUCUCGUCGUACAGAAUAAAGCUCUCCGACACAGAUUCUGUGUUGGAACAUGUGCUUGAAGAACAGCUGAACAUUUUCAUUUUGUUGUUAAAGAUGCCUGUGCUGGGAACAUCAGACAUUUCUGCUGUAGGUUUUUCUUUUCUUUACUUUUUUAAUUGUUGUGUGAGCUUGCAUCACUGAACAAGUUGUAUCCUCUGUAGAAACAUGUCUUCCACUCUCACAGGAAUUUAAAGAGACCACAAGGUGUGGCAAAGCACCCUAUCCAGUAUUGUUCAGUACUUGUAUAUUUGAUAAAUGUUCAGUGCAGGAAACUGUAAUUUGCUAUACAUAAAAAUAUAUGUAUUUAUGUACAUAAUUUUUUGUUUUCCUCCAGUCAUAAAAAUAUUACCCUAUGGUAAAUGAUUUUUGAAUUUUUUUUAUGUGUCACGUUGUUUUCAUAGCCACACACUUAAUAUUGUUUUGAAGAAAACAUAUUUAAUUGGUGGGUUUGUAAAAGGUUCAUUUUUAUUCACCAUUGUAUAAAAUAUACCUGUAGCAAGUCACCUAACUGUUACCUGUGUAAAAACACAUUCAGGUGUAUGCUACUUAUGUUACAAUAAAUUGCAAGAUGUUUUCCUCUGGAGAAUUUUUAAUAUGUUACUUAAAGUUCUGUAUUGCCAUUGUACACCAAAAAUUUGGAUAACUUGCUAGAUUGCUGUACCUUAGCUUGCCUAUACAUACACUAGCAUUCAGCAACAUCAUAUGUAAUUAAGGUAUGCAAAAGAAACCACAUUGCUGACAAUCUCGAGUGUAUCAUGCUAGGCAGCUGCGCAAGACAGAAAAAAAAGGUUAUGUUCUGUGUUAUAUGGAUGCUUAAUUAACACUCGGACCAUGUUUUGGGCUAUGCUGUGGAGUACUCACUACAUAUGCUCUCUGUACACACCAGGGAAAAGCAGUCAGAGAGGUCACAUGAGGGGAAAAGCGAGACUUGGUUUUAUCAUGCUUACAUAAGUCCAAGCUCAUGUAAUUGCAGCUUUCAUUUUCCAGCUUCAAAAUCUGUUGAGUACACACCUGUGAACUCAGAAGGCUAUGAGGCACUUGGAAGUUGUCUCUGCUCUCUCCUUGGCUUAGCACAAAAAUCUGUAUGUGUGUGUACGUAUAAAUGUGUGUAUACUCACAGAUUAACUGAAAAAACAUAUCCAUGCCAAAGGCUACCUUUCUGGGCAGUAUUGUAUGCUCACUUGAGUACUGUAUCCUUAAUAUACUGGGAAACACUUCCUCGUGAAUGCUAAGUCUGGCUUUGCAUUUUUAAAGAAAAACGUGCCAAUAAUAUUUACCUCUGUUUUAAGCAAACUAAUAAAAAUAAUGCUGCUUUACUACUGAAGAUGCCUUUAACAUGGACUGGAGUUAAUAGUAACACAAUAUCACACUUCUCUUCCUGAUACCAUUACUGGGAGUUAUAUGUAUGAAAUUGUAACUGCAUCUUUGUAUCAGAGUAAAAGCACGGAUCAUGACUGCAACUGCAUGUAGAGACUUAGGAAUUCAUGUAGCCCACCGAAAACACAGAUGACCUCAAGAAAAAUAACAGAAGAACCAUGGAACAAUGGCAUAACUCACUGUGUUUUUAUGGCACAAAACUGUCACUGUCCAAAACAGAGGUAGAGAGGUUGUAAAAUGUCAAGUUUUCAAGUUAAAAUACAUUGGUCACAUUGAUAUGCAGCCACAGUGCACACUGAAAGUAAGGGCACUAUUGCUCACUAACUUAUUAGCACUUCUGCAAAUGGUGGAUAUUGGCAUUUCUUAUUCGUUUUGUAUUGUUAACAAUAGGCCUGGUGAGGAUUUUUAUUACAAAACCAUCUGUGGAUGUAUAAUAAAUUAAUUUUUCAAAUA